AUGUCGCUUUUCAGCGCACAACUCCAUCCCGGCCGGGCACUGGGCUUUCUAGUUCUCGGCGCCUCCCUCCACGAUGUCCUGACGCGCCUCAAGGCCGAGCCGCAACGCUUCCCCAAGAUCCACGUCGUGCACUCGCCAGAACGGCCCGUUGAGGAGCCAGUCUGCAUCCUGCUUCCGCAAAACGGCAUGCGGCUGCGUUUCGACGGCCCCGAGCAGCGGCUACGACUCGUCGAAGUCACCGACUUUACCAAGAACCAUAUCACGUUCAAGGACCGCGACCUGGUGCGACUACCGAACAGUACCGCGGACCCAGGCUCGCCCAUCCCCGGCGAGUCAUCCUCCGGCCCGACAUUUCGACACAUUUACCAGCGCCUACUCGGGCCAACAUACGCCGGCGAGUUCAUUCCUUCGUCAAACAACGCUCAGUGCAUGGGCAUCUACGUGCUGUCGUAUCCUGGAGUGGCUUUCAACUUUCCGAUGACGGCUUCGGCAUACUCUCCAGACAAGGACGUCGUAUCGCUGCUAUCGGCCUCAUCAAGCCAGGUCGCGACGUCCAUGGCCGUGUUCAGUGGGGAGUCGUGGGCCGACGCGAGACCCACGCUAUGGACGGAAGUCCUACCUAGUAUCAAAUCAUCAACCGUUUUUCCACGGACCAAAGACGUCUACCCCGACGAGGUCUCCUUGGUUAGAAUCUACGGAGGAGGAAAACUCCAACUUUUUCGCAAGUGGACCAACAACAGCUUCUGCAUCCAGUUAGGUCAGACCACUCCUCAAGAGCUAGUCAUGGAGCUGGGGCCUCCAAAUGCCAUAUAUCGUAAGAAUGAUGAGAAAAUGGACGUCCACCAAGGACGAGUAGCUGGUGCUUCGAGGGGCAGGAGCGAGAGCACGAAUCUAGGACGUGCAGACGAGACCAUGACCGACACGGAUCAAUCGUCCAUGCAUACCGGCUCAGAUGAUUCCGACAAUGAAGAAGCCAUUGAUGAGGAAAGCGCAGCAAAUCCCUCAGGGGAAUGCUUUUACAACUACUUUUACAUGGGCUUCGACGUGCUGCUCUCCAGGCCGACGGCUCCGUCCAAGGCCCCGCCCGGGCAGUCGCGAAACGGGACCCUAGAUGAGAACGCGGUCAAGAUGCACCACCCCGAUCGGCUGGUGGUGACCAAGGUAGUGCUCCACGGGAACAUUCCCGGGUCGUACGAGUUCAACCGCCACAGACGUUGCCGGUGGGAGAUUAUGUACCCCGGGCGGGAGGAGGAGGCGGUGACGUCGGAGAUGGAGUUUGCGCACAUCGAGGCGCUGAUGGGCCGGACGUGGGAGGAGGCCGGUCUCAUAGGUAGCGGCGGCGGCGGCGGCGGCGCGACGCAGCAGGCAAGACAGCGCGGCAUGGUCCUUAAUCGGGGCUGGGGCAACAGCCCGGGCAGUAGCUGCGAGUUUCUGGGUGGGUGGGAGGAGAGCGGUGCACGGCGGGCGGAGACGAACAGCGACUCGACAACGACGCUUUACGGGUUCCCGGGGCUAGUGUUUGAGGUGCUGAAGAAUGGGUAUAUUAACACUGUGACGAUUUUUUGA